AUGAGUUCGAACAAAAAAUCAUGUAUUCGGAAGUCUGUUCAACUGAAAAAUCUGCAUCGUAAACGGGAGAACUUACUUGGGUCUGCUUUACUUAUUCAGAAGUUCAAUGAAACGUUCGAGGCUACUCAAGUUAAUCAAGUACCGAUUCGUAUUGAAAGGUUAGAUCAUUUGUGGGAUAAAUUCGAGGACACGGAGGAUGAUAUUGAAGCGUUAGAGGAUCAGGAGGACGGGUUUUCGGAGACUCGUCAGGAGUUUCAAAAUUUAUACUUUGAGCUGAAAGCAUCUUUGGUUAGCAAGCUACCGCGCCCUGCUGCUGCACACCCAUCUUCUCCCGAUCUACCUCCACCAUCUCGAAGUGUACCACAUACUACCCAAUCCAUUUCAGUGAAGCUUCCAGAAAUAAAAAUCCCUGAAUUCGGAGGCAAAUCGGAUGAAUGGGUCGAGUUCCGUGAUUUGUUUAAAUUUCUGGUGCACACCAAUACACAAUUGUCGUCAGUUCAGAAGCUUCACUACUUGCGCAGCUCAUUGCAAGGUGAAGCAUCUCGUUUGAUCUCGUCGUUGGCGAUCACUGCAGAUAAUUACCCCGUCGUAUGGAAAACGAUCUGCGACCGGUAUGAAAACAGAAAUUUUCUCGUGAAGCAGCAUAUGUCAGCGAUUUUGAAGGUUCCCAACGUAAAAAGGGAAUCAGCUUCAGCCCUCGCCGAGUUGGCUGAUGAGUUUAAUCGACAUGUGAGCAUUUUAGACAAAUUGGAAGCGCCCGAAGCGCAUUGGAAUUCAUUCGUAGUGGAGCGAUUGAGUAGUUUGCUCGACGAUAAAUCGUUGAUGGAAUGGGAAGGACAGUGUGACGAAAAUGCUGUCCCACAGUAUAAAGACCUGUUGAGCUUCAUUUUGAAACGGUCACGCACACUUCAGAUGUGUAAGCCAAACUUAAGUCAACCAGUGACAAGUUCCAUCAAGCCCAACCGUGGCAAAUCUUCCUCUCACGUUGUUUCUGAGCGUGUGGUAAAGUGUCCCAACUGUAAACAGCCUCACGCAAUCUCUCAGUGUGAGUCAUUUUUGAAUCUAUCUCCGAAAACUCGAUUGGACUUUGUCAAGAAGCAUCAACUUUGCAUUAACUGUCUGCGUGGAGGUCAUUUGGCUAAAGACUGUCGCAGUAGCUUGUGUCGGACCUGUGCAAAGAGACACCACAGCUUACUACACCUUCCUCCCGUUACAUCCGUUCCGAGCGUAGUAGACGAAGAGGCUUCUACAUCCACUACUUGCAUAGCAGUUGGUUCAGCAGAUAACAUCGUCCCACAUGCGGGAAACUUGUUUCCGAGAUCGGUAGCACCAUCGGUGGUGCACUCACAUAACUCACCACAGGCAAAUGGGUCGUCGUCGGUAGUUGUAUCGUUUCCGCAUUCGCGCGCCGUUAAUAGCCCCUCUCUCUCGUCGUCGGUUUAUCCGUCUGAAUCUAAUGAACCACUUCCUUUUUGCUCUUACGAUAGCACGAUAUUGCCCAAUCCGAUAGUCAAACCUCGAGAAACAAUGGUGUUUUUAUCCACUGCGUUAGUACGAGUACAGGACGCCAAUGGUAUUGGCCACUAUGCCAGAGCCUUGCUCGACAGUGGGUCGCAAUCCAACUUCAUAUCGGAGUCAUUAUGUCAGAAGUUGGGAUUGAAACGCACUCGCAUCAAUAUACCCGUAAGCGGAAUUGGUCAAGCAACAGUCAGUGUACGUUAUAGUGUGCAGGUUGCUCUCGCUUCUCGAUUCGGAAAAUUCGUACAGGAUAUAGAUUGUUUAGUGCUCCCGAAACUAACUGUGAGUCUUCCUAGUUGCCAUGUUGAUAUCUCGCGGUGGAACAUUCCACGAAAUUUACCAUUGGCGGACCCAAAGUUCAAUAUUAGCCAUGGAGUGGAUUUGAUUGUUGGGGCCGAACUUUUCUUCAUGCUGAUAGAAUCCCAUCAAAUGAUUUUGGCUGAUAAUUAUCCUACGUUGCAGAAAACUUUGCUUGGUUACGUCGUAUGCGGCAAGUAUUCAACAAACAUGGUCAAGACGGUGGCAUGCCAUGUGGCCACUGAAGCUGAUUUAAACGUUCAACUCGAGAAGAUGUGGGAAGUAGAGAACUUUGACGUUGGCAAGUCUCUCACCCCAGCUGAACAGGAUGUCGAAAACCACUUUCUGCAAACCGUGUCACGCGAUACUGAGGGACGAUACAUUGUUCGCUUGCCCUUCCGGGAAUCGAUGGCUCCCCUGUUGGGUGACGCCUUCGACCAAGCAGUUCGACGUUUGCUGCUUAUGGAGAAGCGGUUUGUUCGGGACAAGGAUCUGCAAGACGCCUACGUAAAAUUCAUGGACGAGUACGAACGAUUAGGGCACAUGGAAGUUGGUUCACGCGACGCGGGCCCACAAUAUUUCCUUCCCCACCAUGCUGUUCAUCGUCCGGAAAGCAGUACAACAAAAACUCGAAUUGUCUACGAUGCUAGCAGCAAGGGAACCGGUGCUCUUUCCCUCAACGACGUCCUUCACACUGGUCCCACGGUCCAGCCACCACUGCUAUCCACCGUGUUGAAUUUCCGGAUGCCGCAGUACGUCUUCACUGCGGAUGCGGAAAAAAUGUUCGGCCAAAUGUGGGUUCAUCCAGAAGAUCGGCGAUAUUUGAAGAUCGUCUGGCGACGCGAUCCCUCGUUGCCACUACAAGUGUACCAGCUGAAGACGGUGACCUAUGGACUUGCGUGUUCACCGUACCAAGCCGCUCGAGUACUCAUCAAGCUCGCCGAAGAUGAGGGACAAAACUACCCGCUCGCUGUGGAAAUUGUGAGGAGUCGUUUCUAUGUUGACGAUGUUCUCGCUGGGAGUGACAGCCUCGAAGAAAACACCGAAAUUUGUCGCCAACUACGGGAGCUACUCGAUCUAGGAGGAUUUUCGCUCAGAAAAUGGAGUAGCAAUAACCAAGCCGUCCUAAGACACGUCCCCACUGACCUGUGGGAAAGUGCGCCUCAGAUGGAAUUAUGUCGUUCGACGGUGACUGCUCUAGGUCUUCUAUGGAGUCCACAAAGCGAUUGUUUCGGCUUUAAGGUCCCGCAACUAGCAGACUUGCGAAUUGUGACCAAACGCAUUGUUGUGUCUGAGACUGCUCAACUGUUUGACCCUCUAGGUCUGCUUGGCUCAAUAGUGAUUAGCGCUAGAAUGUUCGUCCAACAACUUUGGGCCAAAAACAUCUCAUGGGACGAAGAACUUUCUCCAAAAGACAGUGAGUGGUGGAUGGAAUUUCGAAAAGAGCUGGGCCUCCUCAAACAGCUUGAUAUUCCUCGUCGUGUUCUAUCAAAUCCAGACCGCAACUACCAGCUCCACUGUUUUUGUGACGCCUCUGAAAAGGGCUAUGGCUGCUGUGUUUAUGUCGUUGGUCCUGAUGGAGAGGAGCAUCUUACCAGCCAUCUUUUGGUUACCAAGGCUCGAGUUGCCCCAUUGCGCGGAUUGUCGGUGCCACGUCUCGAGCUCUGUGCAGCGGUGGUUGGAAGUCAAUUGGUGAACAAAUUACGAAAUGAGACGGACUUCUCGGGACCAGUUACCUUUUGGACAGAUUCGACAGUAGUGCUGUAUUGGCUUCGUGCUCCGCCGUCCAAUUGGAAAGUGUUUACCUCUAACCGUAUCGCCGAGGUGCAACGACUCACCAAGGGUUCCGAAUGGCGACAUGUUCCAACGGAACACAACCCAGCUGAUCGCAUUUCACGUGGGAUACGCCCUAGUCAAUUAAGGGAAGAUAUCCUAUGGUGGUAUGGGCCACCAUUUCUCAAGCAUCCGGUUACCUGCUGGCCUGAAGCACUGCCUAACUCUACGCCCUCUCGGAUCUCGGAAGUAAAUUCCGAAGCACGCCAAAUUGUCGCAUUAAGCUGCCUGGAGAUCGAUGAUUCUAUUAUCUCCAAAUUUUCCGACCUGGGGAAGCUCUUGAGAACAGUCGCAUGGUGCAAGCGAUUCUCUUACAAUAUACGAAGGGAGGCUAAGGAACGUACCAUUGGCAGACUGACUCCAGCAGAAAUCGAAGGGGCUCUCAAAUCACUUAUUCGCUUGGCACAGGAAAUGCGUCGUGCUGUUCAAAACUUCUGGAAAUGCUGGUCCAGAGACUAUCUGACCCGCUUACACCAGCGCUCGAAGUGGAGGGGCGCUACCAAGAACAUCAAACCUGGUGACGUCGUUCUUCUCAAACAGCCCAACUUUCCUCCAUUCACAUGGCCUCUUGGGAAGAUCAUCGAAGCUGUCGUCGGAUCUGAUGGAUUGGUACGCGUUGUCCUUGUGCGAACCAGUCGUGGUCUCUUCAAGCGAGCAAUCACAGAAGUGAGUGUGUUACCAAUCGACACGGUGGAGGACGUCAACGAGGAAACCCGUACUAGCGACGAAGACCAAGCUGCCAAUGAAACCCAGGUCGUCGAGGAUGGCACAUCGAAGCAUCGAGAAUAGUUGAACCCGAUUGGUUCAACGCGGCCCGGUCUGUUGAGGGCAGAAAUUUAUUAUCCUAAUUUGAAAUUAUAAAAUACCUAAAAUGAAUUGUAUCCUAAAUGAAUUUGUCGUAGAAUUAAUUGUAGUGUAGGAAAUUUGUUUGCUAUAAAACGUAAUCCAUCAACGUAACGUAAUAGUUCGCGUCAAUCUACUUCCUAUCACUGUUUGCACGCAUACAUAUGCAAAUAACAAUUAUAAAAAAAUAGAAUCCAUUGUAUCGAUCACUCAGUCUGAAUAAAACUAUCGUAGCAGCAGGAUAUACCAAAAUCGAAUUUCUUCAGUUUUCCGAAGGUUUUACAACCACGUUUUCCUUGUCGGAGUGCCCGCGUACAGUUUCGUGCCUAGUUGAACAACAUUUUUUCGCUCGAGCUUCUGGGAAGCUACUU